AUGUUUGACAAAGCGAAAAGUGAAAUUCCAGCUGGGUUAAGAACUGAACAAGCCAUAUCAGAAACAAACUCCAGGAAUGUUAUACUGGAAUCUGAUUUCAUUGCACGUCUUGUUGAGAUUCUGAAGUCCUCUUCACCCAGAUUCUAUUUGGACCUUCAACUCUGUUUUUCAGCAAAAGCUUUUGAAAAUUUCAGGCUACUACUAGAAAAUAAAGAGUUGUGGAAGGAAACUAAGAUUGCUUUUAGAUCUUCUUCAACUCUUGCUGCUAGCUACUUUACUUUGAAGUCGACAGCUACAAAUUCCUCCCGAGAUAAGUCGACAGCAGUUGCAAGUUCCUCCCGAGACAAGUCGGCAGCUUCAAAUUCUUCUGAGCCAUCAUCAGUUGCUCCAACUAUAUCUGAGCAUCCAUCCGAACCUAAACGUAAACGUGGGCGUGAAUCUAGGCAUUACUGGACUGUUGAUGCCAUAGAUGAAUAUGAAAAUAGUACACGCCUUCAUUUAUUAGUGAAGGAUGUACAUAAUUUGCCAGAAGGUUUGCGCAUAGUUGUCAAUUUUGAUAGACAACAUGCAGCAAUAGGAGAAGCAGCCAGACUCCUUGCAGGAGUUUGUGGACAAUUGGCUACUGAUUGUGUAGCAUUUCCAAUCAGUUUUGAUAAGUGGUCAGACAUUCCAGAGAGCUUUUUUGAAAAUCAAUGGAAUAUUUUUUUCCAAGCUCGAUUUUGCUUCAAAGUGUGUGAUAGCUUGGCCAAACGAUUUCUGCUCCAAUCGCUUGGCAAAAAAUGGAGGGAACAUACGAUAAAGCUUUGGAAUGAGUUUUAUGAUCCGAGGUUGAGUAAAACCGAGAUCAUAAAUAAUACACCAGAAGAUAUUGCUCUUGAUCAAUGGGCUUUAUUCGUAGAAUAUCAUUUGAAGCCUGAAACUCAGAAUCUUUGUAAAAGGAAUCAAGAAAUUCGGCAAAAACAAAUAAUUCCUCAUACUUCAGGUGUUAAAUCAAUUGCAAGAAGAAGGGCUGAAUUGGAGAAGAUUGAAGCAUAUAGUAGUCAACAAGCGGUGGAAUCAACCGUUAAUUCUCCUCUUGAUGCUCUUGGAGUAGUUCUUGGGAAAGAGCACCCUGGUCGUGUUCGAGGUUUAGGCAUGGGAGCUGUUCCAACAGUUGCUUUCAAGAACAACACUACAAGAAUUAGUCAGAUGAAUUUAGGUUCUUCAAAUGAUGCUAGCACAUCAUCUACUUGUGGUCCAAAUGUGCAAGAAGAGUUGGAUACCGUAAGGCACAAUUGCAAGCACUAGUCUCCUAUAUUGCUUCUAAGGAAGGAGGUAAAAUUCCAGUGAAAUUGGCUAGAAUGUUCCCUACUCAACAAAUUUCACAGGGAUUGGAUCAAGAGAGUGAGAUUCCAUCACCAAGAGAGUUAGGAAGUAGGUCUUCUGGAGCGAGCAACAAAGAAGCAUGAUCUUAUAUGAUAAAGAUUUUAUGUAUUAAGUAUUAUAGAUAUAUGUUAAGACAAAUUAUUGAAAAAUGUUAUCUUUGAUACUUUGUUUUAGGAUUAUGAUUUUUUAUUUUUGGAGACUGUGUAUGAAUUAAAAAUCUUGUUAUGAUGUUUGAUUUAAGGUUAUGCUUUUUGGUUAUUA